GUGUGUGUACACACACACACAAGGCCUGGCACAACAAAAGACUCAAAUGCACAUGGAAGGAGAGUCAGACAGGGUGUGGCCAAGCACUCAGGGCCAGGGCAGCUGGGUGAACUUAGGCAUGCCAGGGGAGAAAGCCUGAUUCCUAAUUUAUCCUCUUCCUCCCUGCAGAAUGAGUAGUAUGGGCACCAUGGUCUUGGGGCAUCAGUAGCACCCCAGAAACUCCCCAGCCAGAAAGAUGCUCGGGACCCCCUAGACACAGCUAUUAAAAGGGAAAAGGUGCACAGGCUCCGCAUAAACUCCUCCAGGCCUGGGAGGGAGGCGGAGGCCAGGCGCGGGGGAGGAGCCGACUGCUAUAAAGGCACUGCUCUGCUGGCGGCCCCACUCCAGUCCGAACACAUGUGCCCGCCUCGCCCGGCAGCCGCCACCGCGGGGCGCAGCGGAGACCCCUGGCCCGGCGGCCUGUGGGGGCCUAAAGAGGCGGCAUGAGCAGCGCACCGUGGAGCUGACGCCGCGCCCCCUGCCCCUGCCCGGCUCAUGUCCUUCGCCAUGCUGCGCUCAGCGCCGCCGGGCCGCUACCUGUACCCUGAGGUGAGCCCGCUGUCGGAGGAUGAGGACCACGGAAGUGAGAGCUCAGGCUCCGAUGAGAAACCCUGCCGUGUGCAUGCAGCACGCUGCGGCCUCCAGGGCGCCCGGCGGCGGGCGGGCGGACGGAGGGCCGCGGGUAGCGGGCCGGGACCCGGGGGGCGGCCAGGCCGCGAGCCCCGGCAGCGGCACACAGCGAAUGCGCGCGAGCGGGACCGCACCAACAGCGUGAACACGGCCUUCACCGCGCUGCGCACACUCAUCCCCACCGAGCCAGCAGAUCGCAAGCUCUCCAAGAUCGAGACGCUGCGCCUGGCUUCCAGCUACAUUUCUCACCUGGGCAACGUGUUGCUGGUGGGUGAGGCCUGCGGCGACGGGCAACCAUGCCACUCGGGACCCGCUUUCUUCCACAGCGGUCGUGCGGGCAGUCCCCUGCCACCGCCACCACAACCACCACCUCUGGCCCGAGACGGAGGCGAGAACACCCAGCCCAAACAGAUCUGCACCUUCUGCCUCAGCAACCAGAGAAAGUUGAGCAAAGACCGGGACAGAAAGACGGCGAUUCGAAGUUAGAAGUUGGAGGGUCCACAGCAACCAAGAGGUGAUACCACUAGUGAAGGUGGAUGCCACUGAAGAGCCACGGAGAGCCCCACCUUGGACCUGAGCUGAGCACAGGUCCCCAAGAGCACGCUCACCAGGCCAGACCCGCCCCAGCUAUGAGCAGGGCCUAUGAACAGACAGAUGGACAGGCGGGCUAUGGCUUGACUCUAAGUAGCCCAACACUUACCCAGGCCCACUGGAACUUUCCAUGCUGACUCCCUACCUGGGCCAAGUGUUGGCACCUUGUGUCUUUAAUAUGAUAAUAUAAAGUCUGAAAAUUUUGUAUAAUUAAAAAUGAAACAGUAUCUUCCAA